UGAUUAUGAUUAAAUUGAAUUUUGGCCAAUCAAUGCAAAUCUGAUACGAGCUUUACUCUCAUAUGUAAUCGGAGAGUUUGAGUGUUCAAGACGAGAGGAAGGAUUAGAAAUAGAAAUUCAAAGGAGAAAGACUGCGAUUGUCCUUCCGUCAAGAUGGAAAUUAAACAACAUCAUUAUGAGCUACGUAGCGGGAUUAGGUCACGUUUGCACAACUUUAUGAUCUCAGAUCAUGAGGGAUCAAACUUGGUAGCAACGGAGUGUCCUUAUGAUAUCAGAAGUAGAAACCACAGAAGAUCUUAUACACCUGGAGGAGCAACAAGUAGUGAGAAGUCUGAUACUAAAUUGACUAGAAGGAAUAGUAAAGUGCAAGAGGAGAACAUAGAAACAAUAAAAGAGAAGGAUAAAGAAAGACCCAUGACAGGAAGUGUAAGAAAUAAUCAAAACACAAAAUCAGUUGAACAAAAGUACGCAGGUAUUAUACCGUGCAAAGUACUCAUCAGUGAUUAUUUAUAUAAAGAGAAAAAGAAAAAUGACCCUUGGGGUGAAUCAGGAUCGGUUUGUGAAACUUACAAGCGAACUGAUAGACUAUGGAAUAUUUAUUCGGAGACAGAUUAUAUGUGUUCACAAACAUCACAAUAUCAUUAUGAAGCAGUUCCGGAUGUGCUAGCGAUGCCUAACGUGUCAAGGCAGUUUAUACGCAAAGACGACAAUACAAACAAUUUUGAAUAUCGGUCGGUAGUCGGUUAUCAAAAUCAGAUUUCACAAAGAACAACUGUUGUUUCGGAAAAAGUAACUUCUUUAUUUCAUUUGUCCGAUGAUAUUUCGCUUACAUGCGCAUUAGAUUCUGCAGGAAGAUCAGCUCUGAACAAAAGCAUGCAUGCAAGACAAUAUGUAUACGUGAAUUCAGCUUAUGCGGAUUCAAAAAGUUCCUUAAAUCUUCGGCAAAGUGUUAGAAGACGGUUAAUUGGAAAAAAGUUGAUAUGGAUUUCAGUUUGGUGUUUACUCGUGCUUGGUUCUUCGUAUAUAAUUAGAUAUUUAUUUUCUCCUGCUAUUCAUGAUGCGUCAAAGAAUGUGACAGAUGAAUUUUUAACUGUUAUAAAGAUGAACGAGAAUGAAAGCAGACAAGUUGAAGAGAAAUUGAUCGAUAAUAAUGUUCUGCUUAAUAGAAUGGAGGCGUUUGAAAAGGAACAGAUGUAUCAAAAGGAAUAUCUCACGAAUAUCACCCGCAUCUUGGAAGAUUAUAAAGAAAGGCAAGACGAUUUGCGGAAAGAAUUUAAUGACAUAAACACUGAUAUAGCAGAUAAAAUGAAUAUCAGCGGAGAACCGAACAAUAUAAUAAAUAACGAACUCAAGAUGAUCAGACAUGAAUUGGAGAAGCUGCGCAAUUUUUCCGCGAAAUUGGAAUCUUCUGUAAACAAUUACAUCAAGAUACAAGUGGAAGAAAUCUUAUCCGACUAUUUUUAUUAUUUUCCAUUUGAAAUUUUGAAGAAGAAUAUAACGGAAAAUGUGCUUAGGUCAUGCAGUAUCGAAGCUCAGGCAGUUUUGAACAAUGAUUCGAGCGAUUCGAGCACUCGCAUUUCGGAAGAACACGUUCGCAAGAUAGUGAAGGAUAUUCUACGGAUAUACGACGCAGACAGGACGGGUAAAGUGGAUUACGCUUUAGAGUCAGCAGGAGGUGAAAUUAUCAGUACACGGAACACUCAGGGGUACGACGUCAAGUCGAAAGUUAUUAGCAUCUUAGGUUUUCCAUUGUAUUACCGAUGCUGUAACAAUAAUCCACGGACGGUGAUACAAAUGAAUGUAAUGCAGCCAGGUAUUUGCUGGGCAUUCCAGAAUUUCCCCGGAUACCUCCUGAUACGAUUACGGAGCAUUAUUUAUGUAACUGGUUUUACUUUGGAGCACAUCCCCAGAAUAAUUAUACCGUCCGGGAACAUGUCGAGCGCGCCUAGAAACUUCAACGUGUGGGGUCUAACAGAUGAGAAUGAUCCAAAGCCUGUAAUAUUCGGUGAUUAUGAAUUCGUAAAUUCUGAUGAUAAUUUGCAGUAUUUCCCAGUACAGAACACAACCAUCGAUAGGCCUUACGAGUAUGUUGAAUUGAGGAUACACAGUAACCACGGACAACUAGACUACACCUGUCUGUAUAAGUUCCGCGUUCAUGGAAUACCUACUUAGGGAAUAUCGAUCCAAUAACGUCCAGAGGUUCCUUUUUAUAUAAAAAAAAAACAACAUUCAACAAAUGACCCAGAUAUUUUCUUAA